AUGGCCAGUGGUGUCGCCUCCGAAGCACUCUCCAACCCAAAGCGAUGGGUCGUCAUCUAUCCAGCCUACAUCGAUAAGAAGAAGACGUCGAAGCAGGGACGCAAGAUUUCGAAGCUUUUGGCCGUCGAAAACCCAACGUCCGUAGAGAUUCACGACGUGCUCGCCGCCGUUGGUUUCAAUCCGCUACUGGAGAGAACGAAGUGCUAUCCACGAGACGGAGAGCGCGACUUCGAAGUGCAAGGCCGCGUGCGGGUGCAGUUGAAGAACGAUGAUGGAACGCCGAAGCAUACACAGAAGACGAGAGACGAAGUAUUCAAAAUGGUUGCCGAGAUGAUUCCAAAGCUGAAGACACGCCAACCCGGAUACACACCACAAGCAGCUCCGACGAGUUCGGCAGCCGGAGGGAAGAAGAACAAGAAGAAGAAGUAG